CUUAGGAAUAUGGAGUCAUUUAAUGAAAUUUAACAAUUUUUCAUUUUCUAGACUGAAUAUAAUAAAAACUUCACAAAUUCUGACCGGCACUUCCACUACAUGUAACUAUGGAAACGUGUAUAAAUAUAAAAACUGAACCUGUAGCAGUAGAAGAAGAGGAAACCAAUAUAACAUUCCAUCAAUGUACUGUCUGUGAUGAAAUAUUUGAUACCUUAGCUGAAGUUCAACGUCAUGGUGUUAUUCAUGAAACUUCUUCACAAUCAACCGAAAAUAGCGAUAAUACUUUAGUAACCAGACCAGUAAAAACUGAACCAACAUCCACUGAAACUGAAGUAAAUGAUAACUUAUCUAAUUCAGUCGCUUGUGUUGAAUAUGAAAGAGCAGGAAGUCCUGAUUUCGACAUUCCCCUGACAUGCGUUAACACUGAUAAAAUGGAAAGUAGCAGGGUUAAAGUAAUUGUCCCUGAAGGACCAGAGAGUCCUGAUUGUGACGUUCCUGUGACGUUUGCUAAUAGGCCUACUUUUAAAACCGGAAGUACCAGUGCCGAAUCAAACACCCAUGUUUUAUUUGAUACUUCCGAAAUUCCCCCCUUACCUUUACCUGUGCCACUUUCGUUAAUCAAGUCGGAAAAAUCAGAUAUUGAUGGUAUGUCACAGAGACAAAGUGGAUCUACAGCUGGUACCGAAAAACCUCGACCAAAUGGUAAAUCGUCGGCCUGCUGUAAAGUUUGUAAUAAGGUUUUUACAUGUAACAGUGCGCUGGAAAUUCACAGCCGCGGCCAUACUGGUGAAAAACCAUUCAAGUGUGAAGUUUGUGGAAAAGCUUUUGGUCGGAUCGAUUCCUUACGGAAACAUCACAGCAUUCAUACCGGUGAAAAACCAUUUAAGUGCGAAACUUGUGGUAAAUGUUUCAGGCAAAGUGACGGGUUGAUGAAACACGAACGACAGCAUUCAGGAGAAAAACCCUAUAAGUGUAAUUAUUGUGGGAAGUUCUUCCGCAAUCAGAGUUCAAUAUUAGUGCACAUUAGAACGCAUACAGGGGUGAAGAAUUAUUCAUGUGAUACAUGUGGUAAAUCGUUUAGUCAGAGCGGCCAUCUUACUUCCCAUGCUAAAACACAUUCACAGGAUAAAAAACCAUUUCAGUGCAGUAAAUGUGGAGUAAGUUUUGCUCAGUCUAAAAGUUUGAAAAAUCAUGAAAAAACUCACGAGUGAAUUACAGAAUAGAAAUUUUGUGUAAUUUUUUAUAAGCUCACAUCUGGCAAUUUGGAUGGUAUGAAAAGUUUUUAAUAAGCUCACGUCUGAUUGUCCAUCUAACCUGCAGUGCUGACAUGGAAAAUAUGUCUUGUAUUUGGGAUAGGAUGAAAACCGAGGUUUACCCAUGUACACGAAAAUGUAGACUUAACCGUUGGAAUAGGGUGAAGAGUAGGCAGGGCCUAAUUUAACACAUGUUCCUAAACCAAUUACUGCAAGUUUUACAACAUCUGGACGUUGCUAGAUUACUUUACAAUUCCCAAACUUAUAGCUAUCUUAUCUGCAGACACGUGAACAGUAGCGUGCAAUCAGAGGUUGUGACAUAGCGACCUCCAUGGAAGCUUUGACAUUGAACAAACCUUGAACUUUGCAACUCGAUUAUCACAGGUAGACAUUUUAGCUGGAAUGCGCGAGUCUUGGUAUUCAUGAUGAUCGAGGAAUCUGAUAGGCUCACAAGCUGGGCUUGUACCCAAUCGAAAUUUGUGCCGAAAUAUGCAAGGUAUUACGUGAAGGCCUUGAUAAGAUGUACGGAGUUAAAGCGAGAUCAUUCUUUCUAUUGAAGAUGAUUUUAACAUGCCUACAGGCAUGAACGUGACUCUGGAUAAAAAAUCUGUGCUUUGAAAAUCUGAAAUCCAUGAUUUGAAAAAAUGCUAUGUAGCCUUGUGAAUCUGGCAAGAUUGUAUGGGGAAACUUAGCUAUCAUUUUGAUCAUCAACCACUUUUGAAUUCUGUUUCAAAAGUUUUGUAUUGUUGACGUAUUCCCACCAUCACCUAAAACACGAAAAUUACAUAGCAGGACAUCAUCAGGUGUGGGAGAGAUUUAGCGAGAGAGCGAGAGAAAGAGAUUGACACAAACUAGGUCAUUUCAGGACUAACAUAUGGUUCAAUUUUAUCUCCAUAAUUCACUUGCGCAUAGGGGUCUUUAGCAGGGGUAGGAGAGUGGAGAACCCGGAGAAAACCCACAGAGGUUAGACAAGCGACCCUACUCCUUGUCAGGUAAAAACAGCAAAUCAAAACCAUACCACUGGACUCAAUGACAGAGCUUAUGAUUUCACACCCACAUUUGACCAUAGAAAAAAACAAAUAACAGUUUACUAGUCUCAAAAUAAACAAAGUAUAGUCAUCCGCAAUUCCUUGUGACUACUUUUCACUUUUUGAAAUCAUUUAUAAGAUCAAGCAAUCUGGUUAAAAUACAGAUCUAUAUUUCGUUUCGUUUUUUUAUACUUUCAAUGGCCUACACUACAUGAAGAUCUGACAAGUUAUAGCGAUAGGUCACGUCAGGGGUCAAAAGACCGACUUAUGACCCUAUGAUGUCAGACAUUUGAUUAACCAAUCAGCAUUGAUGUUACUAGUGGAUUACCCACAGUUCCGUGCAAAACAUGCCUAAAGCUCGCCAUAACAGACCAUUUCAUCGGCUUAUCCCUGACACCAUUCAGAACACAAGUUAAAUAACAACUCUUCCAGAUUCAAGUGUACCGUAGUAAAGACAAGUAAAACAUAUUUUUAUAUGUGUUACAUAUUUUUUAUAACGCUGAAUAUUCAUUAAAUUAUUUAAUGAAUUCAUUGGAAGGAAUUUAUUAUUAUUAUAUAUAAUAUGAAAAUGGCUAGACCUUUUUGAUCUGAAUCAAAAUUAAAAUGGUAGAUUUCAUUGGAUAUAAAUGUUCUAUCAUGUAAUGUGUUAUGUGUAAUAUAUGUAUUUAGAACAUUUGGUCUAAUGUGCUUGCACAAAGCUUUAUUUAAAAUGUAAAGUUAUUGUUCAAAUUUUACAAAAUGUUGUUUUAAAGUAGCUGAGUCUCAAUAUCAUCCAAAGACUUCGACAUUGAAAACACAAAUUAUUUGUCAAUUUAAAUCAACAUUGAUGUUGUGAUCUUACUGGGAAAAGAUGGGCUUUUGAUAUUUAAGACAAAAUAAACAUAUUACCAUUGGUACACGAAUCGUGUACCAUAAUGCAUUUCAGUGCUGAAUAUAACUGAUUAGAAUUUACAGUAAAGGCAGAGACGAUUGAAUGUAAAUCAGUUUAUGUACAUUCAUGUUACAUUAUGAUAUGUGUUGCGACGCAUUUGUGUCAAUUUCUAGGUCCCGAAUAUUAGCGAUUUAGCUCCUUUAGGAGAGAGGGGGGCUUUUGUCAAACGUACAAGCUCUUCAAGCAACUGGUGUUUCGGUAACUGGCUUUAACUGAAUGCAACUGAAAAUGGUCGACCUGAGCACCUCUAUAACUAGUUCCAGUCUGUUGAAGCCAGUUGUUUUAACUUUCUGCAACUAGCUUCAAUUUGCGUCAACUAGUUGCCAUCGACGUAAGCAUUCUUACAACUGACGUCAACUUGUUUCAAUGGAAAUAAUAUCAUGUGACUUUAUAAAUAAGCAAAAUUGAAACGAACAAAGACUGACCAUGUCGUUACAUGCUUCAUCUAAGGUAUUCGCCAUAGGAGAUUAGAUAAAGAGCUGGCAGUUCUCACUAUAAUAGUUAACAACUAAAUGAUGUAAAGGGAAUAUGCUGAAAAUUUAAGCCAAAUUGAUCCACUCUGAACCGAGAUAUUAGCGUAUGAAAAUUGAAUGUUAGGCCUAGCUUCGAUCAUCAGAUCAGAUUCAAAACCAGUGAAAAUCUGACAUAUAAGUUGAUCAAGGUCUUUUCAUGUUAAUAAAUGUCUAAUUAAUAGUAUAGUUUAUAUACAUUUAAAAUAAGAUGUGACGUCAUCCUUUGAUGUUGGCGUACCAUUAUUUCCAAUAAUGUACGGGCAACUUGCCAAUCGUACAUUAUCUAUACCAGAUGAAAUAUUGGACUCACGUGAUGGUGUCUGUAUUUUAAAUUGUUUCAUGGUCUCAAGCUAAAGACAUUGCGUAAUAUAUUGAAACAACACUCAGCUGACGCCUUGUGCUUUAUCAAUAUAUUACUAAAUGUCUCGGUCUCGAACAUUAAACCAUACAUAACAUUUCAGGGCCAAAAGAAAGUCCCGCGAUAGGGAGAUCUAGCUCUUGAAUAAUGUAUGUUUAAGUGUAACUGAUACAUGUAAUCGAUGUCAAGUCAACAUGAACAGUCUGAAUUCAGUUGGUAAUAUGAUCAACAUAAGCACACUGAUUGGAACUACAGCUGCUUUGAGUUGUGGGGGGUUGGAUGGCCGAAUGGUUAGCACGUGCGUGCUGUACCAUAAAGUCUGUCAUUGAGUCAACUGGCGUGGUUUCGAAUCCCCGGUUGUACGUGACAAGGAGUAGGGUCGCCUGUCCAACUUCGUGGGUUUUCUCCGGGUCCUCCGGUUUCCUUCCACUGCUAAAGACCCCUACGUGCAAGCGAAUUAUUGAAAUAAAAUUAAACCAUGUUAGCGAAAUAACCUAGUUUGUGUCGAGUGGACGUUAAACCCCAUUUCUCUCUCUCGCUUUGAGUUGCGGUCGACAUAAUCCACCCCUUAAUGUGUACAUGUAUAAUUCUAAUGCAACAUUUACAUUGUAUAUAUUAUAUGUGUAAGACUGUAAUAUGCAUAUCUAUACAGAAAUAUAAACAAGUUCAGGUUGUUUUAUUAUCAAUCUGGUUAAAAUACAGAA